CUUCCGGUGACGCCAUACGCAUACGGGGCGUCACCUAAACGCACGUCCUCUCCGCCCCCUCCCGGAGAAACACGCGGCGAGUGGCAGCAGCGAAGCGGAGAGAUCGCAGUGUGCCGAGACCGGAGUCACCAUGAGGCGACCCAGUGAGUGAGCGGAGGGUGUGCGGGGAGAGCGAUCCGUGUACGGAGUGCAGAGUGUUUAUAUAGAAUAUAAUAUAAUAUAUAUACACACUAUACACACACAGCGCGCUCUGUAUAUUGUGUCAGUCAGUCAGUGAGGGCCGCUCAGUGCUACACACACACACACACAGCUGCAAGAAAAAGUAUGUGAACCCUUUGGAAUGAUAUGGAUUUCUGCACAAAUUGGUCAUAAAAUGUGAUCUGAUCAUCAUCUAAGUCACAACAAUAGACAAUCACAGUGUGCUUAAACUAAUAACACACAAAGAAUGAAAUGUUGCCAUGUUUUUAUUGAACACACCAUGUAAACAUUCACAGUGCAGGUGGAAAAAGUAUGUGAACCCUUGGAUUUAAUAACCGGUUGAACUUCCUUUGGCAGCAAUAACUUCAACCAAACGUUUCCUGUAGUUGCAGAUCAGACGUGCACAACGGUCAGGAGUAAUUCUUGACCAUUCCUCUUUACAGAACUGUUUCAGUUCAGCAAUAUUCUUGGGAUGUCUGGUGUGAAUCGCUUUCUUGAGGUCAUGCCACAACAUCUCAAUCGGGUUGAGGUCAGGACUCUGACGGGGCCACUUCAGAAUGCGUAUUUUCUUCCGUUUAAGCCAUUCUGUUGUUGAUUUACUUCUAUGCUUUGGGUCAUUGUCCUGUUGCAACACCCAUCUUCUGUUGAGCUUCAGCUGGUAGACAGAUGGCCUUAAGUUCCCCUGCAAAAUGUCUUGAUAAACUUGGGAAUUCAUUUUUCCUUCGAUGAUAGCAAUCCGUCCAGGCCCUGACGCAGGAAAGCAGCCCCAAACCAUGAUGCCCCCACCACCAUACUUCACAGUUGGGAUGAGGUUUUGAUGUUGGUGUGCUGUGCCUUUUUUUCGCCACACAUAGUGUUGUGUGUUUCUUCCAAACAACUCAACUUUGGUUUCAUCUGUCCACAGAAUAUUUUUGCCAGUACUGCUGUGGAACAUCCAGGUGCUCUUGUGCAAACUGUAAACGUGCAGCAAUGUUUUGUCUGGACAGCAGUGGCUUCCUCUGUGGUAUCCUCCCCAUGAAAUCUAUUCUUGUUUAGUGUUUUACGUAUUGUAGAUUCGCGAACAGGAAUGUUAGCAUUUGCCACUGACUUUUGUAAGUCUUUAGCUGACACUCUAGGAUUCUUCUUCACCUUAUAGAGCAGUCUGCGCCUUGCUCUUGCAGUCAUCUACAGGACGGCCAAUCCUAGGGAGAGUAGCAGCAGUGCUGAACUUUCUCCAUUUAUAGACAAUUUGUCUUACCGGGGACUGAUGAACAGCAAGGCUUUUGGAGAUACUUUUAUAACCCUUUCCAGCUUUAUGCAAUUCAACAAUUCUUAAUCGUAGGUCUUCUGAGAGCUCUUUUGUGCGGGGCAUCAUUCAUAUCAGGCAAUGCUUCUUGUGAAAAGCAAACCCAGAACUGGUGUGUGUUUUUUAUAGGGCAGGGCAGCUUUAACCAACACCUCCAAUCUCAUCUCAUUGAUUGGACUCCAGUUGGCUGAAAUCUCACUCCAAUUAGCUCUUGGAGAUGUCAUUAGUCUAGGAGAUCACAUACUUUUUCCACCUGCACUGUGAAUGUUUACAUGGUGUGUUCAAUAAAAACAUGGCAACAUUUCAUUCUUUGUGUGUUAUUAGUUUAAGCAGACUGUGAUUGUCUAUUGUUGUGACUUAGAUGAUGAUCAGAUCACAUUUUAUGACCAAUUCGUGCAGAAAUCCAUAUCAUUCCAAAGGGUGCACAUACUUUUUCUUGCAACUGUAUAUAUACAGUUUUGUGUCAGUCAGUGAUGGCCGCUCAGUGCUAUAUACAGUAUUGUUUCUGGCAGUGCUGACACGUUUUAUGCUCGCAGUGACUCUUCGUGGAAUCCAUUCCCUGUAUCUACAUAUAGAUCGGAUGGCUGGCAGUAUAUGUAGACAUAUAUCCAAGAUCUAGCAGGAAUUAAACACCUACUAUGACAAGUCAGACCUCUAAACAUAGCGAGCAUGUAGGCUUUUCUUCCUUGCAAUAUGGAGCACUCGUGAUUCCGUAUGGAAAACUAAGAAUCAUCAUUGAUUAAUUCCGGCAGCAUGUGCAUUCAACACAUUGCCAGGCAUAAUCAGUUCUGGCAUAUGGAAAACCUAAAUAAAGUGAAUGCAGUGGUGGUAAUAAUAUCUAGGCCUGAAAGAAAACAGCCCCCACACUGCUGUAUAUGGCCAUUUAACUUAAUUCGAGUUGCCUAUACAGGUGAUACUUGAAAAAUUAGAAUAUCGUGCAAAAGUUCAUUUAUGUCCAUCAUGCUGGUAGAAAGGUGACAACAGUGUGGCAACAGAAAUCAUCCUCUUCUUACCUUUGGCCUUUACUUGCUCUACUUUCUGUGAGAAUUUUACUUACCGAACAUAAUAAAAUAUUUUAACAGGAAGGAUACAUUAAUAUUUCUUUUGUUUUUAAGUAUGUUCUUUGACCACAAACAUUGCAUUGUUACAAUAGGGUACCGCAGCGGUUCCCAAACUGCCACGGUGCCCUAGUGCCACAAUAAUUCCCCCAUACACACAAUACAUCCUUCACAAACAAAUUGCACCCCUCGCACACACAUACAAUACACCUAUAGAGGAUAGUGGUUGCAUGGAAUCGCGUUCCAGCUGCCCCCCAUACACACGCACUGCCCGCUAUACAACCUAGAAUUAUUUUUUUUUACUUGGGGCAUCUUGGAAAAAUAUUGAAAUAUUAAGUGCGCCUUCGAACUUAAAAAAAAAAAAAAAAAAAGUGUUUAGGAAACCACUGGGGUACAGCAUAAUAUUUUAAAUACACAGUAAUAUUUAAAGGGAAACUAUACUGCCUAGAAAAAAAAAAACUUUUUCCUUGCACUAUAGCUUCCUCCUUUUCGUAGUGCGGUAUGGUAUACUGAAGUGCUGGUACUGGAUCUGAGAUUAUAGGAAUGUGGGCACCCCGGGAGAGCAUUUUAUCUGGGGCUACCUAAUUGUUAUGGAAGAACUUAAUGAAAACUGGCAUUGUUUUUUGCCUCUUUGUUUCCCUUUAUUAUUAUCUUCAUUGGUACUUACCGUUUUGGCACUUUGUUAAACUCACUACUGUACAUUGUGGUGGUAGUGCGAUGUAUGAAUGUUGGAUUAUGCUCCCAGCUGCUGAUCUGCUCAAACUAUGAAGAAUAUUCACUAGAUACUAGAUACUAUAGUCACCAACACAACUUUGGCUUAAUUAAGCCAUGUUAAUGUGAAGGUCAUGCCUCUGAAGUCUCACUGCUCAAUUUUCUGCCAUUAUGUUUUUAUAUUCUGUAAAAUUUGAACUUUAAUUACAUACAAGAGGCUCAUAGCAAGCCAUUAACAGAGCAGGAGAUAAGGAAUUCUAAAUUAAACAGAAUUUGCAAUAAAGGAAGUGUAAAUAUUAGAUGAAUUUUAUGGAAAGUGUCUAGAAAGCCUGUGUAAGUCACAUGUGUGGUGAGGGGGCUGUAUUAACAAAGUUCUUUAACUCCUAAAUGACAAACACUUGAGACUGCAUGGGCAUGAUCUAUACACCAAAACUACUUCAUUCAGCUAAAGCUAUUUUUGUGACUAAAUGUCCAACCUUGAAAUACAGUGAUAAUCUGACCUCAGUGCUUGCGGACUAUCGUUGCCCUCAAAAGUUAAGUGGAUAAUGUGAUAUGUACUAGAAGCACAAGUUGGAUCUGCUUUGAUCUUUUUAAAAAUAUAAAAUAAAAUAUUAUCAUUGGGUAUGGUGGCAUCAUUGGGUCAUUUCUACUUUCUAAUUAUAGAGCUAAGGAAAGCGAGCAAGCGCAUGACAUGUAGCAAACGUUUCAAAAUCCAAAAAAAGGUAAGGUUUAACAUUUUACAAAGUUUGUCACUUUAUUCCCUGGAUGUCUAACUGUUUAUUUUUUUUCUUUAAAAAACAAUGUUUGUUUUGUGUUUCCUUUCAGGUUCGUGAACACAAACGGAAAGUAAAAAAACAGGCAAAGAAUAGUGGCUCCAGGAAACAAAAGAAAGACCUUAGUAUUCCUAACGAUGCCCCGUUUAAAGAGGCGAUCCUCCGCGAAGCAGAGCUGAGGAAGGAAAGGGUAUGUGUAAAUGGCUAAAUAUUGAAAACUGUCCAAAAAUGCAUUUUUUUUAUAGAAAGCAUAUAGCUGUUGCAAAAAAUAUGCUUUUAUUCCAAUUUUCUCAAAUAUUUCCUUGUUACUGCAGUUCUGUAGCUCGUCAUAGAUAUGUAUGGAGGACGCUUAUUUGAGAUUAUGGGAUUUUUUUAUUUUUUUAAUAUCUAAGCGGUCUUUAUGUGAUUUUUUUUUUUGGGACAAUUAAAAUGUUGACUUGUUAUGAAAAGGCUAUUUACUAAAAUCAUCCUGCUUAGCCAAUCGCUUAAUAAGGUUGAUUAGUUAUAUUACACACAAGCUGUUUAUCAAUGAUUGCUUCACUUUCCCGUUAUCUAAUUCCAAUUAAAAAAGGUUGACUAUUUCAGUGAGGGUAUCAGGGCACUUCUGGAACCAUAAGCAUUACAGUGGUCUGUAGUGGUUAUGGUGCUUAUGGUUUCCUAUGUUUCUAUUAAAUACAUAAAGGAAAUAAGCACAGUAAAGGAGGAGGGGGGAGGGCACAGCUAGAAUAGGGAGGGCACAGCUCUCAUGUUCACUACCAACUGUAUUUGUAAGUGGAGUAUGUGCCUCGAAUGAUUAACACAUUUAUUUUUCUUUCUGUAAGCAUUAGUUCUAUUCUAUAUUUUGUAUAUUACAUGUUUGUCAAUGUCGACUAGAAUUCUCCCGUACACUAUGCACAAUUCGUGGAAUGUAUUGUGUAAUUAUGUAUGUAUGUAUAAUGAACCUAUCUUCCCUUCUGUAACAUAUAUGUUAUGCAUUACCUGUAUUUCUUCUCUCUUUGAAAAAUUUCAAUUAAAACGAUAUAUUGCGGGGGAAAAACACAGUAAAGGAGGAGACUAUAUUUAAAAACGAAAAACCACAACAACUUCAUAGUCUUAAAUUAGGAGGGCAAAGGAUUAAAAAAUAUCAAGAAGUAUUGCUUUACUGAGAGGGUAGUGGACGCAUGGAAUAGCCUUCCAGCUGAAGUGGUAACACAGUGAAGGAGUUUAAGCAUGCGUGGGAUAGGCAUAAGGCUAUCCUAGAUAUAAGAUAAGGCCAGCGACUAAUGAAAGUAUUUAGAAAAUUGGGAAGGCUAGAUGGGCCGAAUGGUUCUUAUCUGCCGUCACAUUCGAUGUUAAAAUUACAGGGCCAGUGUACCCAGACUACUUCAUUAAGAUGCUGUUGGACAAACUGUUUUAAAAUGUAUUUAUUAUAUUCCUUUUUUUUUUUUUUUUUUGGUAGCGGGAGGAGUUGAAGAAAGCCCAGAAACUUGAGAGGCAAAAGGAAUUGGCGAAAAAAAGGAAUUUGGAAGCUAAACGGUCAGAUCCUGCUGAAACAAAGCAAGCAAAGAAAAAGGUAAGUUUUUAAUUAUGUAUCCCUUAGCAUUGUUUUUUUUUCUUUUUUUUUUAUACAUUCGCAAGCAGCACCAUACUGUGUUAACACCAACACACACUGUAAUACACGAUUUAUUAUUUUAUCCUUGAUAAUGUUGUAGUGAACUCUGAAGAAGCCACACAUAGAGAGUCCGGAUACAGGUCAGUUCAGAAAGCAAAGGUCUUUAUUCUCACUGAUCGUGUCUCAGCUGAACUCUUGUUCAAAAUGUCUGAGCACAUGGAGUACGAGCUUUUUAUAGACUAUACAUCACCUAUCCGCAAACCGUAUUUACACCAUUACCUUAUAUGGUUCACAACAUGGCACUUGAGGAGAAUGGAAUGUGGUUUUACAAAUCCAGCACAUGCUUAGUACAUUGAUGACAAUAUCUUAGCUACACGUAACUAACAGAUACCUGUACUUGUAUAUGCCACAUGGAGAUUUUAGGCCUACUAACUUUUGGGCCUAGCUGAAAUCCCAUCACAAUAAUCUUUAGAAAUUAAAAUUGUCAUGGUUUUAGAUUAAUGUGAAAAUUGCAUCUAGGGAAAAGUUCAUAGUCUUCCCUAUCUAUUUUUAGAUUCAUGUCUAUACCGUAUUAUCCAAUCCUGAGUAAAAAGAAAUUUUUAGGUUAAUUUUAGGUGAUUCUUAAACAGGUUAUGUUCCUUGGAAACUCUUGCUCAUAAAAUAAAGAUGAGUCUGCUUUUAAAUUCUAGAUCAUUAUGGUCUUGUUUGUUCAAUGCAACAUAACUAUUUAAACUUUCUUUUGUAAAGGGUGACAAAAAGGAAACAAAACAACCAAAAUCCACGAAGAUACACAGUGUUUCUGAGAAAUCCUUUUGUCUCGAAGUAAAUAAGGUAUGUUUUGCAUUUGAGGAUUUUGAUUCUAAUAACUUGAUACCUAUGGUUGGUGCACGGUUAUGGCAGUGUUGUGCAGGAUAAAUAAGAAAACUUUUUUUAAACCUUUAUGAGCCGCGGCAUUUUGUACCCUAAGAUAGAUGUGUUUAAUUAUUGACCUGUCUGGGUGUUAGGACUCCAGAUAUCUCAUGUUUGAAUUGUCACUUUUGGAUGAUAGUAAAAGCAUGAGGAGGCAGGCCAUGUGCGUUGAGGUUUGGUGUUUGGACCAAAUCACAUGAUAUAAUAUGAGACCAAAAAACAUUACUCUUUACUCAUACAUAAGAAGUGGGAGAUAUGCGUUCGAUAUCAUCUGCAAAUGCUGAGAUACCUGUUCUAUUUGCACCAACAGAAAUCUCAGGGAUUGUAUCGGGAUAAUGGAAGGUGUAUUUUGAGGCACUUCUUGGGUCUAAGGAAACAUUGAAUGGGAGACAAUAAACAUACCCCUUGUUCUAUAAGGACCAGAGAUAUGUUAAGACAAUUAAAAAUCAUUUUAGUUGAGGGUGAAAUAUAUAUAUCAGGGCUUGACAAAUUUGUUCAGACUCUUGGAGCCAGCUAAGAAAGUUAGGAGACAGUUUUUAUUUUAUUUUUUUAAAGGGACACUAUAGUCUCUAGAACCACUACAGAUUAAUAUAGUCGUUCUUGUGCCUAUAGCCUGUCCCUGUAGCCUUUUAAAUGUAAACGCUGCCUUUUCAGAGAAAAGGCAAUGUUUACAUUGCGGCCUAGUAAGACCUCUAGAGUCACUCACAGCCACUAGAGUCCUGUGUCAAUGCUCUGGAUGGAGGCGCUGAAUGUUACCCAUAGAGAACAUGCGUAAUAUCCUCCCAAUGCUUUCCUAUUGGCUUAGCUGAGAUCAGUAAGAUAUCAUCUACGGAGGCGGGACAAGCCACGGCGAAACCAGCAUGACAUGGGGGAAAAAACACCAUUCAUGUGAUAGGAGGAAGGGGCAGGUACCUAAACACACGUUGACAGAGGCAUACACACACAUACACAUUCUCUAACACUCUCAAAUUGAUUUUUUUAAUUAUAAUCCACCCAGCCUCCCUACCUUUGAGACAGCUGAGUGGACUUUCCCUGAGGUCCAGUGGGGGCUGCUCUUCCUGUGUCCUCCUCUCUGUUCCCUUGCACAGGCAAAGGAAAGGUUUUUUUACUGUAAGAACAAUCUGGAUGUGGAAUUCUCUGCCUGAAGAAGUGGUUUUAUCAGAGUCCAUACAGAUGUUCAAACGGCUACUAGAUGCAUGCUUGCAAGAACAGAAUAUUCAAGGAUAUAAUCUUUCAAUGUAGGGUAAUAACUGCUUGAUCCAAGGAUAAAUCUGACUGCCAUUCUGGGGUCAAGAAGGAUUUUUUUUCCUAGCUUGUUGCAAAAUUGUGCUUCAAACUGGGUUUUUUUUUGCCUUCUUUUGGAUCAACAGCAAAAAACAAAUCUGAGGAAGGCUGAACUUGAUGGACGCAAGUCUCUUUUCAGCUAUGUAACUAUGUAACUUUCUGUAGAGAUGCAGGGGCCGGAAUUACGUCAUAUUCCGGCUCCCGGCCUCACUAUACAGUGCGAUUGAGCAGAGAGGAGCUGCAGGAAGAUCACUUCUCUCGUGUGCCAGAAAGACUUCCUUAUCAAAGGUUGUUGAAGAUUUGCUUCUGACCAAUUUUGGCUUUAGUAAAUAUGAGAAUUACCAUUAUGGUCAGAGUUUUGUCCUUUCAGACAAAAUUUAAUCCUUGGUGAAUAACACGGUCUGUGGUAUCGCGUGUAGUAAUAGCAGGAUCACCAGAAGUGUAACAAGGGGCUUAAAAGGUUUAGGAGAAGCUGCAGGCAUAUUUUAUUAGACUAUAGUUUAUAUUUUUUUCCCCAGGUAAUCGAAGCCUCAGAUGUUGUGUUGGAGGUGCUAGAUGCCAGAGACCCCCUUGGUAGCCGAUGUGUGGAAGCAGAACAGGCAGUUCUUCGAUUCCCAAACAAAAGGCUGUUGUUUGUUUUGAAUAAAACCGGUGAGUGAACAAAGACAAAUUUGGUGAUCAUACAGGGAGGUAUGAGGAUAAUAUUGAUACAGUCUGAUACUAUAAUGAAGACUGUCAGAUCCAACUCUGAUCUCCCAAAGUGUCAUUUUCUGUGUGGCAAUUUGAUAGAAAUUAAAUUACAUACAUUAAAUACAGUUUACUGUGCAACAGUAUUUGCGUUUGUAAUAUAACAAUUCAUUUGAGCAUAAUGUUAAUAUUUUAACAUUCCCAUCACCGUAACCACUACAUCAUUAAGUUAUCAUUUGUUUUGGUAUAUUAAUAUUUCUCUCUCUUUCUGUGUGUGUGUGUGUGUGUGUGUGUGUAUGUAUGUAUGUAUGUGUAUAUAUAUAUGUGUAUAUAUAUAUAUGUAUAUAUGUAUAUGUGUAUGUGUAUAUGUGUGUGUAUGUAUUUAUUUCACACUUGGCAGAACUGAAUCUUCAAAUAUUGCAAACUGAGAACAGAAAAAUUAUUGCUUUGCUCUGUUGGAUAAUGGUCGUCGUAGAAAAAGCUCUUUCCCCAAUUGCACCUGUAUGUUGGCAACAUAUGGGCCAUUUUCAUUAACAUAUCAGAUUGCACCAGAAAGAAAAGGGGGCAAAACAAUUCCAUGAUGUCUGGGUUCAUUUCACCUUUGCACAUUCCAGCAAUUUAAAGCCCUUUUAUUUAAGUCCACGAUUAAAAGCAUCUUUAUGACAUACAAUGUAAUCGGGUCACCGCAAUCUACAUAGUUUGCAUACUGUGCACUUGAUAAAGAUGUCAUGAGCCCAUUUCGCUGAAUGUCACCGUGAUACUUUCAGUCAUGGAACAAAAAUAAAGGAUCUUAAAUUGUUGGAAUGUUUAUGGCUUGGGAUAUUGUAUUAUUGGAGAGUGUCAUUCGAACAUUAUAACUAUAGUUGUAAAAGUAGAUUGUGGAAAGGGUGUAUUUAUACUUGGGUCAUUAAAUAUGUUUUUGCCCCACCAUCAGGUCAAAUUUGAGAUAUCAGUCAAACCUUUUUUUGGUUUUGUAAUAAUAAGCAGCCCUCACAAUGCAUAUCUGUCUCAUCACUGAGGUAAGGCUGAUCUCAGAGCCAAUAUUUAAAUUAUCUUUAGGAGUCCUGGCUUAAAUUAAAUUAAAAGCAGUGUUCUCAAUGUCUUUCUUUCAGAUCUUGUGCCUAAAGAAAAUGUUGAAAAAUGGCUUUUAUCCCUCAAUAAAGAGAUUCCCACUCUUUCUUUUAAAUGUUCGACACAAGUGCAUGAACGGAACCUUGUAAGUAUUUAUUUAGGCAGAUUGGUAUUUUUCCUGUGGUACAUUAUUGUGUAUUUAUCCAUGUUCCACUACAGCGUGUUAAGGGGGACAUGGUGCAAUGAGAGUUUGUGCACAAAAGGACCUCUCGUGGUCCAAUAGAGGCUUCUGAUAGUGAAGUCUGUGCUUUUCCAUUUUUCCACCUCAGAACACUUCGCCUGCAAGAGGAAGAUUACAUCUGUCGGAAGCGUGUAGUGCACACUGACAACCGGCAUAACAAAUGCACAGAUUUGGCAUUGACAGUCCAGAACAGAAUUCAAUGCAGGGGGUGCAACUAGCCCGCCCGUACGCACACAAUUUACAAUAUCUCUGCAGAAACUCAGCACAUAGAUACUCUUACAACCAUGACCACUUUGAAUCACUGAAGUGGUCAUGGUGGUUGGAGUAACACAAUCACAAUCUGUGUAUACAGGAGCUUCACACAAUCUUACGAAAUCUUAAAUUAAACCUUAAUACUAAAUGUAAUCAUCUGUUUUUCACACUACCCAUAUAUUCCUUUUAUACACUGCAAACUUAUCUAUCAUGGCAUGUUCACUUUAACAAGGUAUGAUUUGGACUUUUUAUGCACCUUAGAACGACUGAUUUAAAGUGCUGUAUGCCAUAUAAAACCUUCAUAAACAUAUUUUCUAUAAUACAGUGCAUAAUCAGUGUACACAAACAUAUUCCUUGAAAACCAUAGUGCAAUAUUAGAGUGCAAGUGUCAACCUCUGUCAACAUGUAGACUCCCAAGAACUGAUCUAAAUGUUAAUUCAGUCAACCAUAUAACUACAACUAAACAAAUUUGGCUCCAAUUCCAAUAACAUAUCAACAUACUAAUUGGAUUGAUGCACCUCUUCUUGGGCAAAUAAACUCUUUUAACAUCACAGAAAGAAGAUAAACAUGUAAUUGUGCAGAGUUCAAUGAAAAUCGUAAACACGCUAUGUUCACUCUUCCAAAUGCCAACUCACCUUAACCCCAGAGGCUCCGAUACAGGCUCCCAUUUUUAGUCUUUCAGUCAAAAUCUGGGUUACUCCAUUUCUUCAUUGACUGUUCCUCCCUUUUUUUUUUUUUUUUAAACAGGAUGGAGCUAAUAAUGAAAGAAAAUGUUUAUAGUAUAUUCAAAGCUCUAGAAAUAAAAAUGAGGAACCGGUUCCAUUCACAUGUUCUGGAGCCUUCUUAACGAUGCUCAGCGUUGUGGCUUUAGCGUCUGCUUGUCAGGAAUAGGCAUAUGCCUUUUUUUUAAUAAUCCAAGAGCUUUUGCAAACUCAAUACACCUGAAUUUUAAUUCCAAACUAAAUACACAAAACAUUAACCUGGAACAUUUUGCAACAUUUCUGUCAAUGCACCUUUUGUUCAUAAUAUCCGAAAAGGAAUCUAAUCCUCAUCUGACCAUCCAUGUAGUUAAUGCCCACCUUCCUGACCGAUUCGGUCGGAGCAUAUUGUGAAUAGGGUCUGAGCUUACAAAAGUGAAUAGAGGGGACAGCAAGCUAACUGCUUAAACAGCCGUUCCACUCUUCCUAUGUGACGAAUGGAAUGCUGUUCAGUGAAGGACCCACUAUAGCAUUAGAAAUACAAACAUGUAUUUCUGUUUUGUGUUCCACUUCCUAUUUAGGUGUCAUUUUAUCAUCAUUUUACUUGCCUUCCCUUGCCCUGGCUGGUUCACCUCCAUGGCUGAGGUCAUCAAGAUUGAUAAUGGGGGAAGGCUAAGCUGGUACAAGUGAGUGGCAAAUCGCUGUGAGAAUCAUCCAAAUCUGACUUUAUCAAGGAAGUGCUUCCAGGGCUAUCAGGAAGACGGCCAUCAGAGUGUUUAACACUGCAAUGGAAACAUUCUAAUUUCUACAAAAAUGCAAUGUCUUAAAUUGUAGGGUUAAAGCCCAAUGCACCCAGACCACUAAACUGGCAUGAAGUGGUCUUUUAAAGGAACAUUCUAAGCACUAAAACCACUGCAGCCCACAAUAGUGUUUUUUUUUGUUUUUUUUUAGGAGUGCCCUGUCAACAUCCCACCAUAAUCGGUCGAUUUUGUUUUUAGCAGUUUGACACCAAAUGCCCAUCGGCCACCCUUGCUGCAUCUGGUCUUCCAUAAUCUACAGCUAGACAGGGAUAUUGAGUUCAGUUCUUUGUUGACUGGGGCACUUUCUUGUCUGGUCAAAGUUCACUGCAAAAUCACCUCAUACUGCAGAACAUGGAACUGUUUCUGUUUUCGAUAUCGAAUAUUCGACCCAUACAAUGUUCUUUUAGCAGUUGUUGCACUUUUUCAUGAUUCUGAUAACCGUUUGUUAAUAUUUUCUCUAACACUAGUACUUUUAUGAAUUCUGCAGAAAAAGAAAAGGAACAUUAUACCCGGCCGUAUCGAUGUGACCAAGGGAACAGUUUGUUUUGGAAGCAGUGCCUUAUUAAGGCUUCUUCAUGAACUCUGUCCUUCGAAAACCGAUGGGAUUAAAGUUGGGUUAAUAGGUAAGGGAGUACAAUCAAAAUAAAUUAACUCUAAUACAAUUUAUAAAACAUUGAACUUUAUAGGAAAAUACAAAGAAGUAAUGCACAAAGAUUUAUUUUACGGGCAGAAAGAACCAAGAGGAUAUAGUUAAAAGGACAAUCUAAACAACAUACCAGCUAAGUGUAACAAUAUGUUGUCUAGUGUUUCUGGGCACCAUCCCCAGAUUGCUGUGCAACAGGUUAGAAGUGGGUUUGAAAAGGGCUGGUUUUAACUAUUUCCACCAAAACGUUUUAUGAUUUGUAGCCUUUUUUUUCUUGUUGUAUUAAAUCUGUGUGUUUUCUGGUUUUUUUUGCACAGGAUUUCCAAAAAUAAUGUUCUGCCUCAAGCUGGAAUGUCACAAUUUAGAAUGCAGCAUUUAUAAAAGUGUUACUUUAAUCCCAUAGAUUCUCCCAUACACACUUUUUGGCAAGUUUUGAGAAGUUGUAGAACAAACAUAUACCUACUUAUUUUAGGCCUGUUAAUGUUUCAGCUAAUUAAUGUUGAACAUAUGUUGCCUUUUGCAGCAUAUUAGCAGCUGAUAAAUUAAACCAUUUGCAAAAUGAGACAGUCAGGAUUGAAUUAGCUGAUCAUGCAUGCUUGGGAUUUUGCUUUUAUUUAGAAGUGGGUGUUAUGGAUAGGUUAACAGUUAUCCAUUUUUUAUUUUUCCCACAACUCGCAGGAUUUGCAAAUGUUGGAAAGAGCAGUUUGAUCAACAGUUUGAAACAAGCUCAUGUCUGUAAUGUUGGAGCUGUCAAAGGAACCACAAAGUAAGACAUUCAGUUUCUGCUGAGAUAAUACAGUUUAAGUGUUUGCUCUGCAGACUUUCUACUGCUGUUUAAUUCAUAAACUUUAUAUUUGAAGAUUAUCAUUAAUUCCUGCUCGGCUCCUGCAUUCUCCUUAAUCCAAUAAUACUCAUUUCAAUACACUGCAUAUUCAUAUCAUCUUUUUUUUAUUAUUUAUUUUUUUAAAUGUGAUGUUAAAAGUCUGUCUUGCUGUCUCUUGCAAUGUUUUAGAGUAAUUGUAACAGACUGACUUUAUGUAAGCUAAGGGUCAUGAUGACAGACUGGAACUGACUUUCCCAUGGAGGGUCCAAUCAAUCCAACUCUGAACCCUGCGUUGUCAAUAUGUCUGCUAUUUAGGCUAUUUAAUGGUGUUCUUACGAUCUUUUCUCUUCACAGGAUACUGCAAGAGGUCAAUAUUGAUAGUCAAAUCAAAGUAAUUGACAGCCCUGGGUUGGUGGUUUCCCCCAAUAACCAGGAUGUUGCCAUCACUCUGAGAAGUGCGUUUCAAGUGAACGAUAGUGACGUAAUGAAAGCUGCCCAUGUCAUUUUAAAACACUGUGAUAAGCAGCAGGUCAGUGACCUUUCUUUUGGUAAUGAAAUAAUCUGGUGUUUAUUUAUUUUUUCUUACUUUACUUGUAGAUUGAUGUGUGCGUUCUCCCUUUCCUUAAAACUCAGCCCUGAUCUAAAGCAAUUGUUUUUUGGUAUUUUUGUGGAUUUUUAUGUUAGUGUAUUUUACAUUGUAAUGUCCAAUUUCUUUUAUCUUUUUUUUUUUUUUUUGUUCCGUCCUCCAAUUAAAGGAACAAUCCCACCCUAUGAUAACAUAAACUGAAUAUAGCUCUUAUGCUUAUAGCAAUGUUUGGGCGCUUGAGUUGCCAUCAGGGGUUAAAACACUCCCAACUGUGUUGGGUAUCCAGUGAUACGUUGUUGGUGCAGAUCACACUCUUAAACUAUCACCAACCACCCAGCAAACCUUCCUGUUACUGCAGUGGCAGAGAGGAACCUGAAGUGUCAUGUGCUGGGGGACCAACUUUGGAGUUGCACCAUUGGAAGUUACGGUGGUGAGAAGACACUCCUGGCUUGGGAGAAAUCCUGUAAAGGAACACUUCAAAUACCACAGCCACUACACGGUUGACAAAUGCACAAUGUACUGUCAUAGCAGCUAGCUCGUGUGUAAUUUUCUUUAUCAAAUAACUCCGACAAAUGUUUGUAAUUGGUCCUGCUCAUUAGAACCAGUUUCGCACAUUCCUAACUUGAGAUCUUGCAGAUCUUUGCUUUUAUAAUAUGGUUUAAUAUUUCAUGUGAAAAUGUUUGUAUUAUCCCUCUCAUUUCCAGGUCAUGUUACAGUACAAUAUUCCAGACUUCAGAAAUCCCCUGGAGUUUUUAACCUUGCUAUCACGUAAGAGGGGAAUGCUGAAAAAGGGUGGUGUCCCCGACACAGAGAGUGCAGGGAACCUAUUUCUUAAUGAUUGGCUUGGGUAAGGAAAUAUGGCAUUUUACUGUAAUGAAUUUGUUUUAGCAUUUAAUCCAAAGCAGCUGUGAUUAGUUCUGACAUGUGUGGUGUUAAGACAAGGCAGUAUGGUUUUUAUGGGUUAUGAUGCAUGAGCCUAAGAUUCCAGCCUGACCGUUUCUAGAUGAUGUCACCUUGGUUUGCAGCCCUGAUGGAUUACAAGAGAUCCCAGGACAAACAAAGCAGCUUUGGAUUAUGACAAAGCAUUUAACCUUUAGUUGCUGUGUCCUGUGGUAAAGUAUAUUUACACAAUUCACACUGUUUACAACAUACUGUAUCACAUGACGAGGCAAACGGAACAUGUUACACUAGGUGUCAUUUUAGAUUGACUUUCUCAAAGUGCACUUGUUCACUACAAAAUGUGGCUAUCAAGGACACCUAUAUGCUGGCAGGGCUUAAAAUGUCAUGUCCUAUGCUACUAGCCAGGCAUUAAAUGUUACUCACCAGUGCAAGUAAGGUUCACAUUUCUACUCGCCAGAGCUAAAUGUUUGAUGGUGGUGGUAUGCAUGUAAUCCACAUAUUGCCCUAUUAAUAUAUGUGGAGAUCUUUGUCGUAACUGUGCUGCUCAUUGUAAAAUCCACCAAAAGACCUCCAUAAUCCAUGAAACCUGCUAAUUUAGGGCAGAGAGUCUGGACAUGCAGGAGCCCAUAGGCAACACCUCUGUGGUCUUUACAGCUUUGUUGGUAUCCUAGUGAUCAAGGUUAACAAACUAGAAGCACUUCCAAUGACGUUUUGACCAGGCACUUGCUAAAAGCUUUGCUAGUUAAAGUUUACAAGUGAAGAUUUAUUUUUAGUAUGGAUUGCUAAUUGGAGUGGGGGCUUUAGGAGUAAUCUUAAUUGUUAAAGCAGUUCUAAAUUGUUUAAUUUUUUUGUUUUCUCUCAAGUGCUAGAUUGAGUUACAAUUCCCAGCCACAAACCCCAGCCUGCGAUUACAUAACCCCCGAAGUUACAAACCGAAUGCAGAAAGGCAUCAACCUGGAACUCCUUGCACAGGACAACACAGAGUCUGUUAAAGGUAAUAAUUUCAGAUGAUUGUAAAAGAUUAAGAUUUAUUUUUAUUUUUAAUGCCUAACCUGUCCCAGUACAUUUAAUAUAAUUAGACCACCACCACUGUCUGGUAUUUCCUAUUGUGAGUAACUUUGAUUGUAGAACACUGCAGGCGAGACUCCAGGCACCAUAACCACUAACCGCCUCGAUACCUGCACCGCAUCUGUUCUUAUCCUGCAGGAGAAGCUAGUUUUCUUUAUUGAGCUAGGUCUGGCCGAUUCAGGAUUGCAUUCAUUGGCUGAGAGACUAAAGCUGAAGCUUUCAGCCAAUGAGCAUGUCCCUGCAUAGCUUAGUAGAUCUAACCGGAUUCUCCCGCAGAGUGAAUCUGAAAGCAUGAUAUAGAAGUGUGGGUUCCCAGCAGGACCCUGGUAAGUUUAUAACACUUCUACACAAAUUCAAACACUGCGAUUUCUCCUGGAAACGCAAAACUGUUGGCAUAAUCUCUGUUUAAUGGGUCUGACAGCUUUCCUGCGACAAGAUCCACUGUUUAUGUAUUUUAUUCACCCUUACUCUUUAGACAGAUUUCUACAUGUCUAAGCCACUCUCGGAACUGAGCGUGUGUGGGUUCUUUUUAUCCCAUCACCUUUGUAAUCAUGCAAAAUUGUAAUUAUCAAGUUUCUUUAACUUUGAAUAAUAACUCUCGGCUUUUUGUUUAAUGAUUUGUACUCAUUUUUAACUGUUUAUUUGGUGCCACUCAAGUUAUUUUAAAACAAAGCAGACUUUCUGAGUCAUUGAGAUUGACAUCCACAUGUUAAAAAAUAUAUUUAUUUUUAAAGGGAACACUGUAAGCGCUGUAACUUGAUUCAUUUUGUUGAUGGUGUAGUGUAGUGUCCCCUGACACCUUCCAUUAUUAAUCAUUAAACCAUUUUCAAUGGUUUCAUUCCAAAGUAAGAGUUCCCUGCAGCCCAUUCCAUCUGUGCUACUUCGACUAAUGAGGAAGCAUUAGCUUGACGAGCAAUUGGUGGUUGUGAUUGGCUGAGAGUUUCAACUGACCUUUCAGCCUGCCACACUGACCAUUGCUGAUAUGAACUGUGAUGGCAGGAAGGUAAUGCGUAAUCUUUGUCAUAGUCAUCCCUACAGUAGAGGUCAGUGUGUGGGUGGCCAGAGGACACGGCAACAAAUGACUAACCGUUUCAAUGAAAUGGUUAUACUACCUACAGUGUCCCUUUUAAUGAUAGGGUUUCUCACGGUUUAGAUAGACUUUUUUUUUUUUAAAUUUAAAAAUAAAUAUAUACACACUAGUCCUGCACAACUCAGCUUUUUUUAAUACUGAGUUAAGUUUAUAAACUAUUAGAAAAUAGUUUGACUACUUACAUUGGAGGGGAUGGGGGUGCAAACCUGGCACCAAUUUAACUCAACGUGCUGUCGUGGUUAUGGUGCUUGAAGUGCUACUUUAAUAAGUGUUAAUUUAACCAUAUUUAACAUAUAUAGUGUGUUCCAAUGUAAAGGGUGAUUAGACAUCCUGUUACUGUAUGAGUAAUGAGUUUUAAUUGCUGACAAUUGUGCCCUGCAGCAUUAAAGUGUCCUAGCUCUGCAAGUAGUAUUCGGUUUACGUCUGCCGGUCUGAUCAAUGGGGUAAUGGAUGUCAAUGAAAUAAUGAAACAGGAGGAAAGCGAGGCAGAGACUGAAGAGGAUGAACAAGACAUGGAAGAGGAGGAUGCUUCAGAAGCUGAAGAGGUAAUUAGCCUGUCUUUGUGGGUGGUGGGGGGGGGAGUCUGCACCUCUCAUCACCUGAAGAAACUAAUCUUUUAAUUCUGUUUCAUAAGGAGGAGAGCCAAGACAUAUCCAGGGAGGCAAAGACUACACCUGAAGCAGCUACAACUCUAUGUGAGUUUUAAAAGUAUUAUAUAAACACUGAACGCCAAGCUAUUAUGUUAAAGGUCUAGGUGAUAUUUUAGUCCUGCGAUAUAAAGUAGCAAAUAAACAAAAACUGUACAAUAGUGUCAAACUCCUGUGGAGGGCUUAAUAUUACAUUCAAGUGUGAAUUGAGAACAGAGCAUAAUAUAGAAAUAUCUGUGGACUGUAUAUCAAGGCCAUCGAGGGGUUCUAGAGCCACAAUAAAUCAUAGAUUGUAAAUGUCUCCAGAACCCUCAGAUGACAUUUUCCUCGAAUGGACCUCACCAUUUUGCAUCUGUAAUGCGAGUUUUGAAUAGGGUUUUGUUUAGUGGUUAAGACAGCAGCAGCUAAUUGAGCAGUCUCCAUUAUUUUGGCACAGAAACAAGCAUAAUAGGGGACUGUUUGGGAGUAUACCAUCAAUGCAUUACUGGAAUCUAAAACAGGAUCUCAGACAGAUCAUAUUUUAAGCCCUGAUAAAUUAAGUCCGAUGUUACAAGCUUUGCCUUUAAAAGUUACUUGCUACUGCAAACCCCAUAGUAUGCUCGCCAGGGCCAAAUGUCUAAUUCUCAAUUACUAUGGGAAAGUUUGAGCACUGAUGCUAUUGGUAGGUUUAGGAAUAUCCCCUCCGUUUUAUUGUAUGGACCUGUACUUGUAGGAUUAUUUCUGUAGUGUGUUUAUAGUUACACAAGUCAUUAACUAAUAAAGCCAUAUUCUUAUUUAUUUUGCAUCUGAUUUCUAAUACGUUUCUUCAUUUUUACAGCAAAAGAAGCCCCCAGAUCAGUCUGCUUUGAUAAAGUCGAAGAGAAAGUGGAUGAUACUUAUGACUUUAAUAGUGAUUUCAUCUAAUACUUUUCUCAAUAGCCUGUGCAUAUUAUAAACAAUGUCAGUCCAGUACAGACUCCUACACUAUGUAUAAUUUAUAUUGUAAGGUUUGAUUAUUUACUGGGACUCUAUUUUUGCCAUUUGCUUAAAAGUUGUGUUUUUAAAAACCAAGGUGUUUAAUAAGCAAAACUCUCCCCCUGCUCCUUCUGGUUGGAGAAGAAAUGUGGGUUCUGUGAAUCUGGCAGAAUUGUUCGUAUGCUUUUUGUAUUAUGUAUAAUAUUUGAAGCUGAAAAUAAAGAUGUUAGGGUUGCUACCUACAAGUUGAUUGUCACCAUGUCUUUCACAUUAUUUCCUAACUUAAUGCAGCAUUUGUCAAAUAAAAGAAACUGCCUCCUUUCUGCUGGUCAAGUGUGUAUUGAAUGCUGUCAUUGACGGGAUAAUAUCUACUAUCAUGCAGGAAAUGGUUUAAUAAGUGCUUUAAACUAAGAAUGCAAAUUUUUUUUUUUUUUUAAGGGAACCCUUCUAGCACCAUAACCACUACAGCCAGCUGCCACUCUUUAGCUGGAAGCGCCUUGCUUUGAGCUAAGCCGAGAUACAGCAGAUGCUCUCAGCCAAUGAGCUGACCCCACUAAGCAAACAGAAGUUCCUUGCUGGAACUUCUAGCACCAGAAACGGUCUCAACCCGUUUGACUAGUUACCUUGGGAGGAUGCCAGGGCAUUUAUGACUUCACUACAGGCUG